AUGCGCCCAUGCCGCGCGGCUCCUGCUUCUUCCGCUGGGGGUGGUCCACCGCCCCCGACACCUGCUGGGGAUACUGCUGCUGGAGCUGCUCAUGGACGGCCACCGCCGCACCAGGCGCCGCUGAUGCCGCCGGCCCCGGUGCCCCCGCACGGCCAGAUCCCGGCGGCUGCGCUGCCAUAUGCCAGCGGCGCGUGGACCCACUCGGAACACUUCUUCUCCGACACGAUCAUAGGGGACCCGCCGUUCGCGGACUCCGACCUCGACCGCCUCAUCUUCACCACCCCGCCGCCGUCCAUCCCAGUCCCCCCGUCUGCGGCCCCCGUCGACGUGGCGGCCCAGCCCAAGGCCGCAGCUCCGGUGCCGCUUCCCCAGCCUGCCGCCGUGGCCGCACCGGCAGCCCCCUUCGCGCCGUUCCUCGCCCUCACGGCCGAGCUGGCCGCGGUGCUGCUCCUCGGCAACGCCCUCGCCGUGCAGCCGCUCGCCGCCGCCGUGCUGCUCGACGCGGACGCCAUCAGCCGCGCCGACCCGGAAACCGCCGCAUACCGGGACCUCGUCCGGGCACUCCGGCACGACCUCCGGAGCCUCCUGCUCACCGCCGGCGGGUGCCUCCUCGGCGCCGUUGUGGCCGGGACGCCGGGUCCGCCAUCAAGAUCGCCGCCGCCGCCGGUGAAGAGCUCGUCAGCGUAG